AGAUGGCGGCAAGAAGGAUAACGACGCACCUUGUCAAAUUCACGUCCCAAUCACAAGAUCUCGCGAUGGCACGACGCGUUUGCCGAGGGAGGCGCUAGCUGUUGCCAUGAGGCCUGUUGAGGCUGUAAGCCGGUUGUUCCAUUCUAGCCCCGCGGCUUUGAGGGGCAGUUUGAGAUGGGCACCCCGAAUUUUGGCGGCCAAGCCCGCCACUGCGAUCCGAGGCCGACCGCCUCCAGGCGUUGUUCCGUUGGCCAGGCUAUCAGAUGGGCCUGGUCUCCGGGAGUUCCUUCGGUCGUCGGCCGGGAGUGGGGCAACGGUGACAGUAAAAUGUCCUGAAGAAGAGUCGCCGCCCCCCUACCUGAACGGGGAGCCGGAGCCCGCUGGCGGUAGAACCGUUUACUUUGAAACCUAUGGGUGUCAAAUGAAUGUAAGCGACACAGAAAUUGCUUGGUCUAUCCUCCAGAAAAAUGGCUAUAAGAAAGUCAACAGCUGUGCAGAGGCUGAUGUGAUUUUACUUGUAACUUGUUCAAUCAGAGAGAAGGCAGAACAGACCAUCUGGAACAGGCUGAAACAGCUUACUGCACUGAAAUCCAAGCGAGCAAAAUCUCGAGUUCCACUUAAAAUAGGAAUCUUAGGUUGCAUGGCUGAGAGACUGAAAGAGGAAAUCCUGGAAAAAGAAAAGCUUGUUGAUGUUCUUGCUGGGCCAGAUUCAUACCGUGAUCUUCCCAGACUUCUAACAGUCGCUGAAACAGGUCAAAAGGGUGUGAAUGUUUUAUUGUCACUGGAUGAGACCUAUGCAGAUGUCAUGCCGGUUCACAUCAAUUCCCAGACAAAAACUGCAUUUAUUUCUAUCAUGCGGGGAUGCAACAACAUGUGCAGUUAUUGCAUUGUUCCUUUCACACGCGGGCGAGAGAGAAGCAGACCAAUUUCUUCUAUUUUACAAGAAGUCAAACUCCUUUCAGACCAGGGCGUAAAGGAGAUUACACUACUGGGUCAGAAUGUCAACAGUUACUGUGAUACAUCUGAGAUUCAAUUUCUCACAAGGGAACCAACACACCUGAGCCGAGGGUUUAGUACUAUUUACAGGAAUAAACUAGGUGGCUUGCGUUUUGCCAGCUUAUUGGAUCAGGUUUCAAGGAUUGAUCCUGAGAUGAGAAUCCGUUUCACAUCACCUCACCCCAAGGAUUUCCCAGAUGAGGUCUUGCAACUUAUCCAGGAGAGACCCAACAUUUGCAAACAUAUCCAUUUGCCAGCACAAAGUGGGAGCACAGCUAUACUUAAAGCAAUGAGAAGAGGGUAUACAAGAGAAGCAUAUUUGGAACUAGUUGAACACAUACGCAAUAUCAUCCCAGGUGUAAGCUUAAGUAGCGAUUUCAUUGCUGGAUUUUGUGGUGAGACGGAAGACGAUCACUUUCAGACCAUAUCUCUUCUUCGAAAGGUCCAAUAUAAUGUGGGAUAUCUUUUUGCUUACAGCAUGAGAAAGAAGACGCAUGCCUACCAUAGACUGAAGGACAGUGUUCCUGCUAUUGUAAAGCAACGUCGAUUGAAAGAGCUCAUUACUGUAUUCCGAGAGGAGGCAACUAAACUCAACACUGAACUCGUUGGAACUGAACAGGUUGUGCUGGUAGAAGGGGCUAGUAAACGAUCCAAUGUAGAAUUGUGUGGACGAAAUGAUGGUAACAUAAAAGUAAUAUUUCCCAGUUUGGCAAUACCAUGUGAUAGGUCAUCAGACCUGUGUGCUUCUAUCAGACCUGGGGACUAUGUAUCAGUGCAAAUAACAUCAGUCAGUUCUCAAAGUUUAAAGGGUAUUCCCAUUUGCCAUAAAACCUUGAGUAAAUCUGCAGAAGUGACAUCCCAACAAUUUGCAGACUGUCUAAUGAAAAAUAGUGUUCAGCGGGAAAAGUGCUGAAAUGAGUUUUAUGAGAUGAAGAAUGAUUGGAGAAAGUAUAAAGUUAUGGUUCACCAGAAAACUCUGCUGAGGGUAAUAAAGUGGAGCUUUUGCAAUUUUCAUCAGAGGAAGUACACAUAACGUGGAGUUCAAAAUUCAUAUAUCUGCAUGUUUUUGUUCAAAUAUGUUUGCUUACAUAUAUAAAAUUUGGGAUCAAAUUUGUGAUUGAACCUAAAAUAUUGCUACAAAGUAAACUAUCCUGGUAAUUUGUGAUGAAGUAAACAUUCUAAAUCUAUUCUUGGCAUCCAGCUUUCUUUGAAGUUCCUCAUACACUGGACAUGCAUUUAAAACCAAUAUUGGGCAAAAGAACAUGUUAGAAGAAAAUCUCACAAACCUGCGCAGCUGAUCAUGUGUUAAUUGAACCAAGAUCUCCCUGUUACAGCACUCAGUCAACUUAAAUGUUCUUAGGAUGGUACUCUGUCCUGUGACAGAAGCCAGUGUUUUAGGUGUGUACUCAGACCCCGCAGGGGCUGAUUCAUUACAACACAGUUACUCAAUUCUUUAUUGAAAUUUUUAAAAAUGACAAAAAUUCUUUCUAAACAACAUCUAAAACUUAUCUAGAGUGGCCACCAUUACAUAAACAUUCAAUCAGCCAAUGAGAGCACUUUACAUAUGUGCUGAGCCACUCACAGCCAAUAGCGUAUUAGUUCACGCUCUUGUCUCCCCCACGUGUGUAAACGUUCUUGUUCCCUCACCAAUUUAUUCCAUUUUUUUCACACAUAAUGUCUGGAAAAUGGCCUGCAACUUCCAGUGAGGGUAAUACAUCUAAGGUGUCUAGGAAAAGCAUUAGCAUAGAUGUGAAACUGCAUUCUCAGGGUGAGAGCUUUAAUAAGACCUUUGAGAAUUGGUAGUGCAACGCAUGCUGGGUGAAUCAAAAUAUAAUACAUAUUCUUGGUUUGAUUUUUUAAAAAUCAGGUACAUGUGUAUUUACAUAAUGUUAUAAUGACCCCGCAUAGCACUCCAACUCCAAGGAUCACAUCCUUAGCGGUAAGCAGGAUCUGAGUGUACUGACUUCAGUAUCCUGGUGGAAAUAUAGAAAGGUGCGAAAAAUUCAUGUUCGCUAGAGGGGGUUGUGGCAUUCCCAACACCAACUCUGCUACCAUGGAGAUGUAACUCUGCCGGAAGGCGGCUGUUGCCAUCAGUGUCGGAGUCGUGCAGCAAGAAAUUCAGUGAUUUCACUCAUUUUGUGAAGUUUACUGUGGAAGUUAUUAAGCAUUUGCAGAACUAUGUGCAUGCAUUAAGAUAGGUGCAAGUAUAAGAUUCUACAACACUAUUCAAAGAAGCACAAUUAUAUGAAUAUUUACAUUUCAAACAACAUCAUCGAAGAAGAUAAUAAGCUUAUCUUACUUGAUGUACUGUGUACAUAGUUAAAAUUAAAGAUCAUUGAAAUGGAAAAUGUUGUCUCUAAAUGAAUGUUGUCUGACCAGCUAAGCAUUUUCUUAAGCUGUUCCCAUGUAAAUCAGCCUUGGUCUCAGACUCCACACAGCGGUGUGAGUUGAUCUGCUGCUGUGUUAGAGUUGCUGUCACAUUUGCUCCAUUACAGGACUCCAGCAAAGCCCUAUGAUCUUGAGUCUCCCCAAAUAUUGCACUGAAGAACGUAAUCUCCAUCCCCCAAACCCAUGGCAGUCCGAUCUGAUGUAAAAUGGUCGUUCCUAUCUAUGUAAAUAAAAAAACAUUAAAGUCGAAGAUUAGGAGGGGGUUUUAUUUUAAAAGUUUUGUUUUAAUGUGUAUUUUUAUUUUAGUUGCUUUUUUUGAGAAAUCUGUAGUUUUUAAUCAACGUACACCGAUGAAAAGGACAUGGAGAUACUGAAAUCGAGGUGAGGCAAGGUCUGAGACAAGCAUAACGUGUUUUGUUAUUCAGGUAUGCUCUAAGGAACAAUCCAGGAAAUUAUGGCCUCAUCAGUUUUAGGAAAGCUAUCAGGAUUAUUGGGGUAACAAGAGAAGAUCUGCAGAUGCUGGAAAUCCAAGCAACUCAAGCAAAAUGCUGGAGGAACUCAACAGGCCAGUCAGCAUCUAUGGAAAAAGUACAGUCAAUGUUUCUGGCCAAGGAAGCAGGAAGAGGUGUAGAUUUAAAAGGUGGGGGAGUGGAGAGAGAAACUCAAGCUGAUAGAUAAAACUGGGAGAGAGAGAGAGAGAUAAAGAGCUGGGAAGUUGAUUGUUGGAAGAGAUACAGAACUGAAGAAGGGGGUGUCUGAUAGAAGAGGACAGAAGGACAUGGAAAAGAGAAUGGGUGGGAGGAGCACCAGAGGGAGGUGACCGGCAAACAAAGAGAUAAGGUGAGAGAGGGAAAGGCUGGGGGGGCUGGUUCAUUACCGUAAGUUCGAGAAAUCGAUGUUCAUGCCAUAAGGUUGGAGGCUACCCAGAGGGAAUAUAAGGUGUUCCCCCAACCAGAGUUUUGCCUUUUGACAACAGUAGAGGAGACCAUGAAUUGACAUAUCGGAAUGGGGGUAGGAAGUGGAAUUAAAAUGGGUGGUCACUAGGAGAUCCUUGAGAGGGUCGGAUUUAUGAACACUUUGGAAAGAUAUCUGAAAAGGAACAGUAUGGCUUUGUGAAGGACAGAUCAUGACAUUUGACUGAACUUUUUUGAAGUGAUGAACUUGCUUGAUAAGGGUAUGGCAAUGGAUGUUAACUACUUGGAUUUUAAAAAAGCAUUCAGCAAGAUCUCCUAGCAGGCUGAUCAGAAACUUAAGAUACAUGGCCUACAGGUAUUAUGGUAGUAGAAUGGAUUUAAAACUGAUUUUCUGAAGAAAAUAAAGGGUAGUGGUGGAAAUGUAUUAUUCUAACUGUAGGUCUGUGACCAGUAGUGCUCUGCAGGGAUCAUUGCUGCAACUUCUGACUUGGAUGAAAAUGUGGAUAGUCUGAUUAGUAAAUUGGCAGGCACAAAAAUUAGUGGAAUGGUAGAUAGCGAAAAAUAUUGUAAAAUGAUACAACUGAAUAGAUACUUAGUGGUCAGUUUAUUAGGUACACCUGUACACCAUUAAUGCAAAUGCCUGAUCAGCCAAUUGUGUCGCAGCAACUCAAUGCUUAAAAGCAUGCAGACAUAGUCAAGAAGUUCAGUUGUUCAGACCAUUCAGCAGAAUGGGCAAGAAAUAUGAUCUAAGUGAAUUUGACCAUGGAAUAAUUGUCAGUGCCAGAUGAGGUGGUUUGAGUAUCUCAGAAACUGCUGGUCUCCUGGGAUUUUUCACACAACGGUCCCUAGCGUUUACAGAAAAUGCUGCCAAAAUAAUCAAACAUCCAGUGAGAAGCAGCUGUUCUGUGAGCAAAGAUGCCUUGUUAAUGAGAGAGGUCAGAGGAGAAUGACCAGACUGGUUCAAGCUGACAGGAGUGCGAAAGGAACUCAACCAAGCAUUUCAACAGCGAUGUGCAGAAAAGAAUCUCUGAACACACAUGUUGAAUGUUGAAGUGGAUGGGCUAGAGUAGCAGAAGACCAUGAAUAUACACUGAAUAGUCUCUAUUAGGUACAGGAAGUAUCUAAUAAAGUGACCAUUGGACACUUUGCAAGGUCAAAAUAUAAGGGGAAUGUACACCUAUAUGGCAGGACACUUAAGAACACUGAUGUAUAGAGUGAUCUUCAGGUCCAAGUCCAUACCUCUCUGAAAGUGGCAACACAGUGGAUAUUUUGGUAAAUAAGGUGUAUGGUACAUUUUUGUUGGUCAGGGAAUUGAAUUUGAAUCAGGAAGCUAUAUUGCAGCUGUGUAAAACUUGAAUCUGCAUUUGAAAUAUUGUGUCCAGUCUGUUUAGAAAAGAUGUGAAGGCUUUGGAGAGCGUACAAAAGAGAUUCAACAGGAUUCUUCUUGGAUUAUAGUAUUAGCUAUAAAGGGAGGUUGAACAGACUUGGAUUGUUUUCUCUGAAGGUCUGAUGGAAGUUAAUGGGUUUGAGAGUGGUUUAUUAUUAUGUAUCAAGAUACAAUGUAAAGCUUGUUUUGCACGCUGUCCAGGCAAAUCAAAUUAUUGAGGAAUAAUACAAACAUAGUGAAAUGGCUACAGCAAGUACAGAGCAGGUAAGCAAAGUUCAAAGUAAAUUUAUUAUCAAAGUACAUAAUAUGUCACCAUAUACUGCCUUAAAAUUCAUGUUCUUGUGGGUAUUUGCAGUAGAUAGAAGGAAACAAUAGAAUCAAUGAAAAACUGCAUACAAGAAAAAACAAUGUGCAAAGGAUACUGUUAGAAGUGAGUAAAAUUGUAGAAUCUGUUCAGUGUCGGGGUGAGUGAAGUUAUUCCCUCUGGUUCAAGAGCCUUAUGGUCGAGGGGUAACAACUUGCUGAAAUUGAUGGUUCAGUAAUAGGAGCAAUAAGGUGCAAGAUCAAAAUGAGGUAGAUUGUGAGAUCAAGAGUCCAUCUUAUCGUACUAGGGAACCAUUUAAUAUAAUAGAUAGAAUUGCUUUCUCAGGGUCACAUAGUAGAGGGUAUAGCUAUAAGGUGAGAGGGUGAAAGUAUAAAGGAGAUGUACAGUGCAUGUUUUUGUACAUAGAGAGUGGUGGGUACCUGAACCAAUAUACCAGGAGUAGUGGUGGAAGCAGAUGCAACACUGGAGUUUAAGGGGCAUUUGGACAACGUGAAUUUGGAGGGAUAUGCAUCGUAAUGGCAGGUAAGGUUAUAUUCAUUUGACACCAUGACUAGCAUGGACACUGUUGGUCAAAGGUUCUGUUUCUGUGUUUUAUUGCUCAAUGUUUUAAUUAGAGAAAUUGGAAAUUUUUUGUAUUACCAGCUCCAUCCCAGUUUUGCCCACUCCCAGAGGUUGUAGUGAGAGUUCCAGGCCUCAGGCCGUCCACACAGCCUGAGGACCUGCUCACAUCUGCAUAUUGCUGAUCACUCACCAGCUCAUGAGAAGCAGUUUGGUCGGCCUUCUGUAUCAAGAUGAGCAGGUGAUGGGUUCAACUUAGCUCAAUUUGGUCCAGAGUUACUAGUGCUUUGAUUACACGCUUUUGCUUGCAAAGUACUUUCAAAUCCCAAAGAUACACAGAAGCUGUGAGAUGAAUACAAGACCUUGCACUUCCAAUCACUUUUAUUUCUUAAGUGCACCAUUAAUAUAGGGCUAUUAUCAUUUAUAUCUUUCCUGAGAACAUUUGUUUAGGACCAAGAACUUGCACAAGUCAACAUUGGGGAAUUAGUGGUGGAGUCAGUGGCUUUAAAUUACUGGGUGUUAACAUAUUGGAUAACUGAUCCUGGGCCUAGCACGUAGAUGCAAUCAUAAGGAAAGCAUACCAGUGUCUUUUUUAUAAGAGGAUUAGAAAGUCAUCAAACACUCUAACAAACUUUAAGAAAUAUACUGUUGAAAGUAACCUAGCUGGUUGCAUCAAGGUCUGACAUGGCAACACUGAGGCACGGGAUGGGCCAAUGAUCAGCUCGCUACUCCGCAAGGUUUACUUGUCUCUGCGCUAAAUUGAGGCUGUGACCUGCAACUAACCGGCUGCAAUGAUGACUGACUUCAUGGCUAUGGACUCACUUUCAUGAACUUCAUUCUAAAUGUUAUUUGCUUACUUAUAUUUGCACAGUUCCUUGUUUUCUGCACAUUGUAUAUUUGAUUUUUUUUUAAAUGGGCUCUAUUGUGUUUCUUUACUGGAAUCUUCCUAUUUAUAGUGUGAUUUUAAAAUCUUAUUGCAUUAAAAGAAGAACUGAAAUCA